AAUCCAUCCCACCUCCCUUUAUAUUAUUUCAAAUCACAAUUAACUAAUCUUCUUCUCUUGUUUUCACCAUGGACCGCACUGACCGUGACCGUCUCCACCCUCGCCAAAUCCAAGUCCACUCCGACCAGCAGGCCCACCGCUACGACGCCGGCGCCAAGAGCCUCCUCCCGAGGAACGGCCCCUCGACGGGCCAGGUGCUCGCCAUCCUCACUCUCCUCCCUGUCGGUGGCAGCCUCCUCGGCCUCGCCGGUAUCACGCUCGUCGGGAGCCUCCUCGGCCUCGCCGUCGCCACCCCUCUCUUCGUCAUCUUCAGCCCCAUCCUCCUCCCCGCCGCCAUCCUCAUCGCCGGCACCGUCGCCGCCUUCCUCACCUCCGGCGCCUUUGGCCUCACCGGCCUCUCGUCGCUGUCGUGGGUGUUCAACUCGUUCCGCCAGGCCACAGGGCAGGAGCCCCUCGACUAUGCGAAGAGGCGCGUGCAGGAGGGGACGAUGUAUGUCGGGGAGAAGACGAAGCAGGUCGGCGAGACGAUCAAGAGUAAGGCGCAGGAAGGCGAAGGCGGCGCCCAAGCUGGCGCGGUUGGCGGCGGCGCCACCAAGGCUUGAAGGUGGGAAUUUGGAUGAGAGGAUUGAAUAAUGAUAAUGUGGAAGUAGUUAAAAUUUGUUGUACUUGUUUUGGUGUUUUGUAUGUGUGUUUUUGUGUUUGAGUUUUUAUGUAUGAGUUUGCACUUAUAUUUUAUUUGUAUGAUGUGUAGAUAGUGGUGUUUGUGUGUGAAACAUUUAGUCUUGGAAUUGAUGCGGAUUUGAUAGAA